AUGAACAAACUAGAUAAGAUGAUUAAGGAAUAUAGAGGAUUGGCGAAUACAUCGAGCGUUCUAAUAAAGGAAGUAGAAAACACGACAAAGCUGCAGAAAAUGAUUCAUGAUGAAUUACUGUUAGGUGAAUUUUCUAUAAAACAAAGACAGAGUAACUUAAUGGGUGAGGCUUAUUAUUUGGAGAAUUGGUAUAAUGAGAGGUUAAAACAAAUGUCGACUCCAACACCAACUCCUACACCUACUCCUACAGUAGCUCCAACACCAACUCCCACUCCUGAACCAACAGUAGCUCCAACGCCAACUCUGACACCAACUGCUCACGCAGGUCCUCCACCAAUGUCGAGUAGUCAUGGUAUAACAUUAAAUAAACCAACACCUACACCAAAAAUAACUCCUGUAUCACAUCCUAGUACAACUAACCCAGUAUCUGAUUCAAAUCAAGCGGAAAGAUCACAGGUUCUUAAAAGAGCUAAUACACCAACUGCUUCCCCUAUUAGAACACCAGAGCCAACUCCAAGAAUCACAAAGGCGCCAACACCUUCACCGACUGUUGAACCAACUCCAGAACCAACAGUACCUCCAACUCCAUCUCCAACUCCAUCACCGACACCUACAAAAGCACCUACUCCAUCUCCAACUCCGACUAAAGCUCCGACACCGUCUCCAACACCAACUAAAGCUCCAACACCGUCUCCAACUCCGACUAAAGCUCCGACACCGUCUCCAACACCAACUAAAGCUCCAACACCGUCUCCAACUCCAGCUGAACCAACUGAUGCAGAAUCUAUUCAAAAUUGGUUAGACGAAGAAAAGCGAAAAGAAAAGGCUGCAAUUGAUGCUGCACUAGAUAAAAACACACCACCACAGACACUUGGUGGUUACAUGUUAAAGAAAGACAACAUUCAAAGACAAGAACGUGCAUUGAGUGUUGCCAGAGAACAAGCACAAGAAGAGAAGAAAAUAGUUGAAGGAGAAGCUUCAAAUAGAGGUGGUCCAGGAACUUACAAAGGAUCAAACUAUCCAGCAGAGAAAGCCUCGAGUGAUAAUGUUGUCUCAAGAGCUACUGAUUUAGUUACCCAUGGUAUUCUAACUGGUGCAACAGCUGUUGGUAGUGCUAUUGGAACCAGUGUUGACACUGUUGUUGAUACUGUAAGAACUGUUACAAAUCCUACACCUGAAGAUAGGAAGGAAGAAUUUCUUACUCUUAAUACAAAGGCAAAACCAGGGAUAUGGAUUGGUCGUGGAAUUUUAAAUGCUGGUAGUGCUAUUGGCAAUGGUGCUUCAGCGGUAGGGGGAUGGCUCGGAAGAACAGCAACAUCAACCGCAAAUGGAAUACUAACAGGUGCCAAAUCACUUGGUAAUUGGGCUGAUGAUAAGUAUACAAAAUAUUAUGAAGAAAAAGCUCGUAAGGCUAAGGAAGAAGCUGAACGAAAGGCGAAAGAAGAAGCUGAACGUAAAGAACUAGAGGAACUUAAGAAGAAAGAAAAAGCUCGUAAGGCUAAGGAAGAAGCUGAACGAAAGGCGAAAGAAGAAGCUGAACGUAAAGAACUAGAGGAGCUUAAGAAGAAAGAAAAAGCUCGUAAGGCUAAGGAAGAAGCUGAACGAAAGGCGAAAGAAGAAGCUGAACGUAAAGAACUAGAGGAACUUAAGAAGAAAGAA